UUUUUUUUUUUUUUUUUUUUUUUUUUUUUACAUAUGAGCGCCAGUCCACCCUCCGGGACUCUAUCGGGACGGUGAGGCCGCGUCAAAGAAGUGCGAAGACGGCAUGGGAAGCCCCGUGUUACCCAGAAGAGCGAUGGUUUGGCCAAAAUAAUCCCGUCUUUCUGUUGCCAGAGAGGGAAACUUAAAACAAGUCCUGUUUUUGGAGUCCCACCGCCCCUCUGCGCUCUCCCCGUAGGAUUUGAUUCAAAGGCGAAUCCAAGAUGGCUGCUGAUUCCGUGCAGGGGGAUGCCAGGGCCCAGCUGGUGGCAGAGCGACUGGGUCUUGGACAAAACCUGGACCUGUCUGACACCAUGGUCCAGCAGAAGCUGGACGAGAUCAAGGAGCAGAUCCGUCGUGAGAUCCGCAAGGAGUUAAAGAUCAAAGAAGGUGCAGAGAACCUGCGCAAGGUCACCACAGACAAGAAGAGCCUGGCUUAUGUGGACAAUAUGCUUAAAAAAUCUAACAAGAAGGUGGAGGAGCUCCACCAGGAGCUGCAAGAACUAAACGCUCAUAUAGUGGUCAAAGAUCCAGAAGAACUAGCAGAGUGCCCUUUAACCCCCGAUACUCCAAGCAGUGAAGCGAGAACGUGCACAAGCAACAGCCGCCUGGCAGCUUUAAAACGACAGAAUGACAUCGAGCUGAAGGUGAAACAGGGAGCCGAGAACAUGAUUCAGAUGUACUCCAACGGCUCCUCCAAGGACCGCAAGUUACUGGCCGCUGCUCAGCAGAUGCUUCAAGACAGCAAGACGAAGAUCGAGUUCAUCAGGAUGCAGAUCCUGAAGGCCAGUCAGGCCACAGAGUUGAGCUUUGAGAGCAAUGACCUGAUGGCUGACAAGUCCAUCAUCAGUCCUCUGGACCUGCGGGUGGAGGAGCUGUGUCACCAUGCCAGGAUAGAGUCUGCAGUGGCAGAGGGAGCCAAGAACGUCAUGAAGCUGCUGGGCUCCGGAAAAGUCGCAGAAAAGAAAGCUCACUCAGAGGCUCAGGCUCGCUUCACCGAGUCCAGCCAGAAGCUGGACCUGUUGCGUUACUCGUUAGAGGAGCGCCUCAGCGAGUUGCCAAAAAACCACCCUCGCAGCAGCGCCAUCGUAGAGGAGCUGUCUCUGCUGUCCUCCCCCGCCCUCAGCCCCAGGUCCAGCAUCAUCUCCACACAGAACCAGUACAGCACCUUCACCAAGCCCGCAGCACUCACAGGCACGCUAGAUGUCAGACUCAUGGGCUGCCAGGACCUUCUGGAAAAUAUCCCCGGCCGUUCCAAGGCGGCCCCCAGCCCGCUGCCUGGCUGGAGCCCCAGCGAGACGCGCUCAUCCUUCAUUAGCCGAGCAAACAGAAACCGAGGCGUGAGCUCCAGGAACCUCACAAAGAGCGAGGAGGUCUCCAAUGAGAUCAGCGCCGUCCUGAAGCUGGACAACACGGUGGUCGGACAGACGAGCUGGAAGCCCGUCAGCAACCAGGCCUGGGACCAGAAGUUUACACUGGAGCUGGAUCGGUCUCGAGAGUUGGAGAUCUCUGUGUACUGGCGCGACUGGCGUUCCCUCUGCGCUGUCAAGUUCCUGAGGCUGGAGGACUUCCUGGACAACCAGCGUCAUGGAAUGUGUCUGUACCUGGAGCCACAGGGGAUGCUGUUUGCUGAGGUAACAUUUUUCAACCCUGUUAUUGAGAGAAGACCAAAGCUGCAAAGACAAAAAAAGAUUUUCUCUAAACAGCAAGGUAAGACCUUCCCUCGAGCCCCGCAGAUGAACAUCAACAUCGCCACCUGGGGGCGGCUGGUGAGAAGAGCCAUCCCCAAUCUCAGCACCAACUCUUUCAGCCCCCAAGCUCCUGAGACGGGCCAUGGUAGCGUUCCUGGUUCCCCCACACCCAGCAGCGAUGCUCUGGUGACCAAGCUGGAUUUCGACAAAGAACCCACACCAGGACCCAAACACUACGCAGCACCUGAUGAUGUCAGAGAACCACCUGCACAGAACAAGAUGCCCAACAAGCAGGAGGUGGAGGACGCGCUGAGUGAAUUCAACUUCCUGAACAAGAGAAUCAGCACGGUUCUGGAACCAGACGCUGACGGGGUUCUGGAGCCAGAGUUCCAGCAUCCCAACCUGGAGCUCACUUCCAUCCAGAAGGACUCAGAGAUAAGGGAAGAAGAGCAGUUCCACUUCAGUCUCCAAGACUUUAAAUGUGUGGCGGUUCUUGGACGUGGCCACUUUGGGAAGGUGCUGUUAUCAGAAUAUAAAAGCACAGGCGAGAUGUUUGCCAUUAAAGCUUUGAAGAAAGGAGACAUUGUGGCUCGAGAUGAGGUGGACAGUCUGAUGUGUGAGAAGAGGAUUUUCGAGACGGUCAACAGCGUCCGCCACCCCUUCCUGGUCAACCUGUUUGCGUGCUUCCAGACGUCGGAGCACGUUUGCUUUGUGAUGGAGUACGCAGCGGGCGGCGACCUGAUGAUGCACAUCCACGCCGACGUGUUCUCUGAGCCCCGGGCCAUAUUUUAUGCAGCGUGUGUCGUUCUGGGGUUACAGUUUUUACACGAGCACAAGAUAGUGUACAGAGACCUGAAGCUGGACAACCUGCUCCUGGACACAGAGGGAUACGUGAAGAUCGCUGACUUUGGCCUUUGCAAAGAAGGAAUGGGCUUCAGGGAUCGCACCAGCACCUUCUGCGGCACGCCGGAGUUCCUGGCCCCGGAGGUUUUGACGGAGACGUCAUACACCCGCGCCGUGGACUGGUGGGGGCUGGGCGUACUCAUCUUCGAGAUGCUGGUGGGAGAGUCGCCGUUUCCCGGCGACGACGAGGAGGAGGUGUUCGACAGCAUCGUGAACGAUGAAGUCCGCUACCCACGCUUCCUCUCCACCGAGGCCAUCUCCAUCAUGAGGAGGCUUUUGAGGAGGAGCCCGGAGCGCCGUCUGGGAGCAGGAGAAAAAGAUGCAGAGGAAGUUAAGAAACAUCUAUUCUUCAGGAACUUGGACUGGGAUGGCUUGCUGGCCAAGAAGGUGAAGCCGCCCUUCGUGCCGACCAUCCAGGGCACCAACGACGUCAGCAACUUCGACGAUGAAUUUACCUCAGAGGAGCCGAUUUUAACCCCCCCCAGAGAACCCCGAGUCCUGAGCUCCGAGGAGCAGAACCUGUUUUCUGACUUUGAUUACAUUGCUGACUGGUGUUAGCUUCACCUUCAAAGACACACACACACACACACACAUAUACACACUGUGAACUAAGCAGCUCAGCGAUGACUGGAGCUCACUUUUUAUAAACAAUCCUUCCUCCUUGCCCAAAAUGUUGAGAGAACAAACUGUGCCAUCAAGAAGAAAAUCUAGUUGACUUCUACAAGGACCUCAGAUGUUAUGUUUUGUUUUUGUUUUUUAAAUCCAUGAGAUUGUUGUUUGUUUGUUUUGUUUUUUCAAUUGAAUGGAAUUGUGUUGGAUGGAAGGUGGAGGGAUAUCCUGCACAAAUCGCCGCCGUGUCCGUUGACUGACCACUGAGAAUGUUUUCCAUACGGACUGAGAAGACGGCACCAUUACAAUCACAUUAUUCAGUGUUGCUGUCUUCAGAUUUUUAAAAAAACAAACAAGAAAAAAAAGCAUGUACAGAUUAUAUUCAGUCACAUAUUUGAUGUGUUAUUUUAUGUGCUCCUGUAAAUCCCUCGGCAUGGAUCAUAUCUGGACCUGGUGUUCAGUGACGGCUCGGUCACUGAACGGUCAGCUACAGCUAACAUCUUGACUACUACAGCAGCUUCCUGACUUGAAGAAAAAAAAAAAAAACACAACGCUUCCCCUCUGGCGAGUAGUUCAACCAGUCACUUCAAGAUGUCUUCUUUGAAAAUGCUUUAAAAUAGAUUAGAUAUUAGCAUUACAUUUCAAUGCCUUAUAGAAAUGCCCACUAGGGUACAACAGCAUAUUGGGGACAUUGUAGAUAGGAAAAAAAAAAAAAGUCUGAAAGUUUUAGAUUAAUCUCAGAAUUUUUCUUGUAAAACUUCUUAUUUCUGAGUUUGAGAAGUCAACAAUUUUCUAGAAAAAAAAAACCAUUUUGAGAUGAAUCUCAGAAAUUUUCAAGAAGAAACUUGGAAAUUUUUUCAGUUUCAAAAGUCAAAUAUUUUAGAAAUUAAUCUCAAAAUUUGAGAAAAUGUUUGACUUUUUAAUCUCAGUAAUUUCUAAUUUUUUUCUAGAAUAUUUGAUUGGACAAACUUCCUUUUUUUUUUUUUUCUACAAUAACCCUAAUGUGCAGCUAUGGAGUUGAACUCAAAUAAAAUGUUUUAUUGUCCGCAGCCAGUUGUGAUGGACAGAACUUUUGACUAAAGAUACCUCUGUAAAAUCAGCGCACCAAAACUGACAAGUUUAUUUUCAUUUUUCAGGUGAAACACUACAUCUAGUUUUUAUUGUUAAAUCGCCAUUAAAGCACCUGUGUCCUCCGUGAAAUCUGAUUGGAUGCUUCCAGCUGACUUCCUGUCAGUGUGCAUGUUAAAUAUGACUGAUUCAAUAUGUCAGACCUGCUAAUGCGUCACUACAGAGGGGGCAGGGAGUAUAUUAUAUGCAUACUGUACGUACACAGGUAAGCUGAAAGCACUAAUUUUAUCAAUAGUUUAUCAACAUUUCUUAAUUAUGGAAAUAGAUUGUACAAAGUGUUGUUUUUUUUAAACGUGAUUGUGCAUGUUGUUUCCAGUACAAAUCUAAACUGAAUGGAUGGUACAAAUUACCCAAAUCACAACUGUUCUCAUUCAUCCUGGUGUAUAAUGUUAAAGAAAGGCGUCUUUGCAGUCACUGUUACCUAUCAUGAAUGCACAGAUUAAACAUUUGUAAUAUUGGCUUAUUUUUA